CGAACGUACGGAAGCGCACGAUAAGAGUACGUAAUCUCGACCAGUAGAUGAUAACGACAAGGGCGUUGUCAAAGUCGUUAAAAUCCUGCCGAACCCUAAUAGUGUUAAGCCAUAAAAGAAUCGAUCGUUUCGAAUAAUUUUUAUUAGAUUAAAAUUGUUUGGUCAGUUUGGGUUUUAGACAUUUUAAAAUAAAAGGAUUAUUUUUUUCGAUACAUAAAGGAUAACUUCACACUUUAUAAGGAAUGGAACUUUCACUUCUAUCAAUCGCCAUGGUGGUCACUUGCGUUCUAUCAUCAACUUCAACAAUAGCGCAAACUAACGCUGACAACACAACAAUUGCAACAACAUUAACAAAUUCAACGGACAACACUUCAAUGGAAAAUCAAACAGUUACAACAACAACAGUGCAAAUUGGCAAUAGCUCAACAGGCAAUUCAACUGAAAAUUCAACAAUUGCAACAACAGUUUCGACCACGGACAAGACACCAACAGAAAAUGCAACAAUUUCAACAACAGUAACAACCACUGACAAAACUUCAAUAGAAAAUGCAACAAAUGCAGCAACAUUUACUACCACUUACAACACUUCAACAGAAAAUGCAACAAUUGCAACAACAGUUUCGACAACUGACAACACUUCAACAGAAAAUGCAACAAUUGCAACAACAGUUGUGACAACUGACAAUACUUCAAUAGAAAAUGCAACAAUUGCAACAACAGUGACAACCACCCACAACAUUUCAACAGAAAAUGCAACAAUUUCAACAACAGAUACGUCAACUGACAAUACUUCAAUAGAAAAUGCAUCAAUUUCAACAACAGUUACGACCACUGACAACACUUCAACAGAAAAUACAAUAAUUGCAACAACAGUUACGCCCAUCGACAAAACUACAACAGAAAAUGCAACAAUUGCAGCUACAUUUACGACCAUUGACAUCACUUCAAAAGCAAAUGCAACACUUGCAACAACAGUUACGUCCACUUACAAUACUUUAACAGAAUAUGCGUCAAUUUCAACAACAGUUAUGGCCACUGACAGUACUUUAACAGCAAAUGCAACAAUUAAAGCAACAGUGACGCCCACGUACAAUAUUUCAACAAAAAAUGCAACAAUUUCAACAACAGUGACGCCCACUGACAAUAUUUCAACAGAAAAUGCAACAAUUGAAACAACAGUUACGACCACUUACAAUACUUCAACAGAAAAUGCAACCAUGUCAACAACAGUAAUGACCACUGACAGUUCUUUAACAGAAAAUGCAACAAGUUCUACAAAAGUUACGCCCACUUACAAUACUUCAACAGAAAGUGCAACCAUUGAAACAACAGUGGCGCCCACUUACAAUACUUCAACAGAAAAUGCAACCAUGUCAACAACGGUAAUGACCACUGAGAGUUCUUCAACAGAAAAUGCAACAAUUUCAACAACAGUAACGCCCACUUACAAUACUUCAACAGAAAAUGCAACAAUUGAAACAACAGUGGCGCCUACUUACAAUACUUCAACAGAAAAUGCAACCAUGUCAACAACAGUAAUGACCACUGACAGUUCUUCAACAGAAAAUGCAACAAGUUCUACAACAGUUACGCCCACUUACAAUACUUCAACAGAAAAUGCAACAAUUGAAACAACAGUGGCGCCCACUUACAAUACUUCAACAGAAAAUGCAAUCAUGUCAACAACAGUAAUGACCACUGACAGUUCUUCAACAGAAAAUGCAACAAGUUCUACAACAGUUACGCCCACUAACAAUACUUCAACAGAAAAUGCAACAAUUGCAACAACAGUUUCGACAACUGACAACACUUCAACAGAAAAUGCAACAAUUGCAACAACAGUUGUGACAACUGACAAUACUUCAAUAGAAAAUGCAACAAUUGAAACAACAGUGGCGCCCACUUACAAUACUUCAACAGAAAAUGCAACCAUGUCAACAACGGUAAUGACCACUGACAGUUCUUCAACAGAAAAUGCAACAAUUGAAACAACAGUGGCGCCCACUUACAAUACUUCAACAGAAAAUGCAACCAUGUCAACAACAGUAAUGACCACUGACAGUUCUGCAACAGAAAAUGCAACAAGUUCUACAACAGUUACGCCCACUUACUACACUUCAACAGAAAAAGCAACCAUUGAAACAACAGUGGCGCCCACUUACAAUACUUCAACAGAAAAUGCAACCAUGUCAACAACAGUAAUGACCACUGAAAGUUCUUCAACAGAAAAUGCAACAAGUUCUACAACAGUUACGUCCACUUACAAUACUUCAACAGAAAAUGCAACAAUUGAAACAACAGUGGCGCCCACUUACAAUACUUCAACAGAAAAUGAAACCAUGUCAACAACAGUGAUGACCACUGACAGUUCUUCAUCAGAAAAUGCAACAAGUUCUACAACAGUUACGCCCACUUACAAUACUUCAACAGAAAAUGCAACAAUUGAAACAACAGUGGCGCCCACUUACAAUACUUCAACAGAAAAUGCAACCAUGUCAACAACGGUAAUGACCACUGACAGUUCUUCAACAGAAAAUGCAACAAUUGCAACAACAGUGACGCCCACUUACAAUACUUCAACAGAACAGGCAACAAUUGAAACAACAGUGGCGCCCACUUACAAUACUUUAACAGAAAAUGUAACAAUUGAAACGACAGUGGCGCCCAUUUACAAUACUUCAACAGAAAAUGCAGCAAUUUCAACAACAAUGGCGCCCACUUACAAUACUUCAACAGAAAAUGCAACAAUUGAAACAACAGUGGCGCCCAUUUACAAUACUUCAACAGAAAAUACAACCAUGUCAACAACAGUAACGACCACUGACAGUUAUUCAACAGAAAAUGCAGCAAUUUCAACAACAGUUACGCCCAUUUACAAUACUUCAACAGAAAAUGCAACAAUUGAAACAACCAGUGGCGCCCAUUUACAAUACUUCAACAGAAAAUGCAACAAUUUCAACAACAGUAACGCCCACUUACAAUACUUCAACAGAAAAGCAGCAAUUUCAACAACAGUGACGCCCAUUUACAACACUUCAACAGAAAAAGCAACAAUUGAAACAACAGUGGCACCCACUUACAAUACUUCAACAGGAAAUGCAACCAUGUCAACAACAGUAAUGACCACUGACAGUUCUUCAACAGAAAAUGCAGCAAUUUCAACAACAGUGACGCCCAUUUACAAUACUUCAACAGAAAAUGCAACAAUUGCAACAACAGUUUCACCCACUGACAACACUUCAACAGAAAAUGCAACAACUGUAACAACAGUUCCACCCACUGACAACACUUCAACAGAAAAUGCAACAAUUGUAACAACAGUUCCAUCCACUGACAACACUUCAACAGAAAAUGCCACAAUUAUAACAACAGUUCCACCAACUGACAACACAUCAACAGAAAAUGCUAGUGUCAUCUCAACGAAAAAGUCAACCUCUACUUCAGCAGUCACGUCAGUAAGUCCAACGACUAUUGUCCCAACUGCUUUCCCAACUUCGAAGCCAGAUUUAGAUAAGGCGGUCUAUGUUUUCAACUUUGAACUAAAGAUAGAGGGACGCUUUUCGGAAUUAGAGAGCGAUAAAGAAGGAAAAUUUGAAAAAGUCUUUGAAUAGAACGCUUAUUGAAAACAUUUUCGUCGGUACACCUGGGGUCACAUUACGGUUUACAUUUAGACCGGGAAGUAUUAUCGCAGCCGUUACAUCAGAGAUUGCGCAGAAGGACCUUGAAAAGGAUAAGAAAAAUAUUACACAAGUCCUGGAAAUUAU